UUGAUGUUUUGUGGAAAGUAGAGAACGGUGGACGGGAAGAGGGAGCUGGACGGUUUGUUUUUGUUCUCCUACCAUCGGCUUUUAUUGACCAAAACGAUUCACCGCUUCGCCAAAACGUUCGAGGACGCAUACCACGAUAGAGAAAGCGGCCACGUUGAAAUCGGUAAACGCAAAACCCGCUCAGAAACGGAGGAAUCGUCGUCCCCCCCCCCCCCGACCCUCCUGUUUAAAUAGCUAACCAUGACGAUUCUUCCGAAGAAGAAAGCGAACUCGUCCGUCGGCGUUUCCGACCACUCCGACGAACCGGACAGACGAGCCGGUCCCGACCCGCACCCGCACUCACACGGCGUCAGGGCCGGUGCGAGGCCUCGCGCUUCCCCGCCUCCUUGGUCAUAUCAGGCCGCUCCACCUUCGUCGAGAGAGGACAGGCGGAAUGAGUCGAGCACCCGGCCGCAGCAGGCCUCCCCUCCGCCAGUGGGAGCAGGAUCGCCCGCCGGUCCGGGAGAUGCAGGCGGCGGGAUAAGCUGCGUGCCCGGCGCACGCGGGGAGCUGACAGGCGGCGCGGGCUGCGGCGCGAGCAUGGGAGGUUGCUGCUCGGGGCCCGGACUGAGUAAAAGGCGGCGACAAGCCACUUGUUCGGGUGGAGUAGCGGGCGGAGGGACGCCCGGUGCAUCGGGAGGCGGUGGCGUAGGUCCAAGCCCCGAUCAGGAGGAAGGUGCCGGGUACAACAGCGAGGAUGAGUACGAGAAUGCUUCCAGACUUCAGUCAGAGGACCCAGCAACAGUUGAACAGCAGGAGCACUGGUUCGAGAAAGCACUUAGGGAAAAAAAAGGCUUUGUGAUUAAAAAAAUGAAGGAGGACGGCGCUUGUCUCUUCAGAGCGGUCGCGGAUCAGGUUUAUGGAGACCAGGAUAUGCACGAAGUUGUUCGCAAACACUGCAUGGACUACUUGAUGAAGAAUGCGGACUACUUCUCAAACUAUGUGACGGAAGACUUCACCACAUACAUCAGCCGGAAGAGGAAAAACAACUGUCAUGGCAACCACAUCGAGAUGCAGGCCAUGGCUGAAAUGUACAACCGACCUGUGGAGGUGUACCAGUAUGGAACAGAACCAAUCAAUACGUUCCAUGGGAUCCAUCAAAAUAACGACGAACCAAUCAGAGUCAGCUACCAUCGUAACAUUCACUACAACUCAGUGGUGAAUCCGAACAAAGCCACGAUCGGUGUUGGGCUUGGCCUGCCUGCCUUCAAACCCGGGAUCACAACAAACCAGAGAGCAAAGAGGACUCAAAUUCAGCCAGAUACAUUUCUCCAGUACGCAGACCAGUCUCUGAUGAAGAAUGCUAUUAAGACGUCAGAGGAGUCAUGGAUCGAACAGCAGAUGCUUGAGGAUAAGAAGAGGGCCACAGACUGGGAGGCCACCAAUGAGGCCAUCGAAGAGCAGGUGGCCCGGGAGUCCUAUCUGCAGUGGCUUCGGGACCAAGAAAAACAGGCACGACAGCCUCGCAAGGCCAGUGCCACCUGCAGCUCAGCCACAGCUGCAGCUUCUAGUGGAUUGGAGGAGUGGAGCGCACGGUCACCGCGACAACGGAGCUCUGCUCCCUCGCCCGAGAACCCUGACCUCUCCCACUCGGACCCGGUGGCCAAGCCCCCCUCCCCGGCGGGGGCGGGCCUUGUACUGUCCAAACCCCCCUCGCCGUGUGCACCGGGGCCCAGUAACCAGGCGUGUGUUGGACCAGAUAGAGCCACUUCCUCCUCUCUGGUGUCUCUGUACCCUGCACUGGGCUACCGAGCCAUCAUGCAGGACAUGUCUCCAACUGCUUUCGGUCUGACGGACUGGGAAGACGACGAGAUUUUGGCCUCGGUUCUGGCUGUAUCACAACAGGAGUACCUCGACAGCAUCAAGAAGAACGCCACGCACAGGGAGCCUUCUCCAGACAGCAGCUGAUGAAGGCGACCCACCGGAGCAUCCACCCACGCAGCCUCCAGCCCUCGUCCCCUCCAGGAGGCAGAAAAAUUGGGGAACAAUCGUCAUGAAAAAACACCCUGUCUCCCCUCCCCCCCUCCCACGCCCGCACCAUCCGCUCCUUUCAUCUGUCAGUAAUAACGACCCACCACUGUAAGACUUCCCUCACCACCACCUUGCUUUCUCCUGCCACUGACAACAUUGGACUUGUUUAGGUGCAUGUUUAAGCCAACAUAACUGAUAUCAUAGAAACAAAAAUCAUGGGAAAGCAGACAAAAACGUUAUUAAAAAUGUCAUACUUUAUCAUCUUAAUAACUGAUUAAUAUAAGCUUGUUGUAUUUUAUUUUCUUGUUUGGGAUGAAAAAAAAAAUCUUUUUUUUUUUUUCCUUGAAAUAAAAAAGGAGACGUUU